UGGUGACGUCAGGAGACGGGGUCUCGGGCGGCGCGAAGUGGAGGCGCGAGAAUGGAGGCGCAGCCUGGCGGCAGUGGCGCAGCAGACCGCGGGGCCGAGGACUCUGCGCCUGGCCCCAGCAAGGCCUCUGGCGGCUCCGGCCACUACGAGCUGCCGUGGGUUGAAAAAUACAGGCCAAUAAAGCUGAAUGAAAUUGUUGGGAAUGAAGACACUGUGAGCCGGCUAGAGGUCUUUGCGAGAGAAGGGAAUCUGCCCAAUAUCAUCAUUGCGGGUCCCCCGGGAACUGGCAAAACUACCAGCAUCCUGUGUCUGGCCCGCGCUCUGCUGGGCCCUGCGCUGAAGGACGCUGUCCUGGAACUCAACGCCUCCAACGACAGGGGCAUCGACGUUGUGAGGAAUAAAAUCAAGAUGUUUGCUCAACAGAAGGUCACCCUUCCCAAAGGCCGGCACAAGAUCAUCAUCCUGGACGAGGCAGACAGCAUGACGGAUGGAGCCCAGCAGGCCUUGAGGAGGACCAUGGAGAUCUACUCCAAGACCACGCGCUUUGCUCUGGCCUGUAACGCCUCCGACAAGAUCAUAGAGCCCAUCCAGUCGCGCUGUGCGGUGCUCCGCUACACCAAGCUCACGGAUGCGCAGGUGCUGGCCAGGCUCAUGAGUGUCCUGGAGAAGGAGGAGGUGCGGUACACGGACGACGGCCUGGAGGCCAUCAUCUUCACUGCCCAGGGGGACAUGCGGCAGGCUCUGAACAACCUGCAGUCCACCUUCUCGGGGUUUGGCUUCAUCAAUAGUGAGAACGUGUUUAAGGUCUGCGACGAGCCGCAUCCGCUGCUGGUGAAGGAGAUGAUCCAGCACUGCGUGCACGGCGACGUCGACGAGGCCUACAAGGAUUCCCUUUCUAGGCCCAGCACACGCAGUGGAGCGUGCCUCGGCUUGGGCAGCUUGGUGGGAAGGUGGAGCACCAAUCGGGGGCUGAGGUGCGCGCCCUGGCUGGGCCUGAGGAGCCUCCGGAUCUGUGGACGCAGAGCAGCCCACCUCGGGUUUGCCCCAAGACAUAAAGGCAGCGGCUGUCUCCAGUCCCUGGUUUGCGUGCAGGAGGCAGGAGGCCGAGACUCCCAGAUCCUGGCCCACCUGUGGCAUCUGGGCUAUUCGCCAGAGGAUGUCAUCGGCAACAUCUUUCGAGUGUGUAAAACUUUCCAAAUGGCCGAGUACUUGAAGCUGGAGUUUAUCAAGGAAAUUGGAUACACGCACAUGAAAGUCACCGAAGGCGUGAACUCCCUCCUGCAGAUGGCGGGGCUCCUGGCCAGGCUGUGUCAGAAGACAAUAGCCCCUGUGGCCAGUUAGCGCGUCCAGGCUGCAGUUUGAAGAGGCCUUGCCCUUGCAACGCUGGGGUCUCCACCUUGCGACGGGGAGAUGCCCCACGAUGGCGCUGGGCCUCCGACUGAGCUCACCUGCUCCCAUGUUCCCUGACCACUUCUGCAGGAGCGCCAGGCCCCGGAUGUGUGGGCAGCGGGAGGGCCCUGACCCCUGUCCCGCUGGCCGGUGCUAAUAAAGCCUUCCUGUAUCUGCUG